UCAGCAAAAUUGUUGUUUUUGUUGGAAAGGUUAUUCCUUUUUUUCCUCUUCUAAAGUAUUUCUCUGCUAAAAAAUCAUGUAUUUUGGUGUUGCAUGAACGCUCUCCUUUAACAGCUGUUUCUCCUACGGGGUUCAGUCGCACAGUUGCGCUCACCUCCUAACCACUUUUGUCAAAAGCAGCAGGGACAACGACAGGGAUUUGAUCAUUCGCAUUCUGUUCCUUAAAAAUGCAAUCUCAUAUUUAAAAUCGAGCGAGUACUCAUAUGCUUGCUGUACGAUUAAUUUUCCAAUGUCUUGUAGCAAGAUCGUUUGUUUGUUUGUUUGUGGUCGACUAGUCUAAGCGGUCCACGGUCUGGUGCUGACUUGGUAAAAGGAACCUGCAAUCUCGAAUGAGGAGCGCAGUAAUCAGUUUAGUGAAUGCAUUCGAUUUGUAUGCCUCAUUUAGGCAUGAUUUGGCACAAUCAAUUUGAGAACUGUGGAAAAUAUUUUCCAUCCAUUGUAGUCCUAGGCUACAUACAUGUAGCUGUAGACACAUGCUUGUAUGACCUAUGCUUAAUGUGCUUUAUGUCUGUGUACUCUGUCUGAUUCAUUUUUCUCCCUUGGUGGCUGGGUCCUGGGACAUCAUCAACAUGUCAAAUGGAUACCACUUGGAUGUCGUUCAAUGACGUGCUUUGUCUGAAUCACCAUGACGACAGAGCCAGGUUCGGAGUUGGAGUCUAAACCUGAGGACGGUGCGGCACCUGCCCAGACAGCCCCACCCCCCCAGGACAGCCAACCGUGUGACCCUGAGGAGUUUCCCCCAGCCGCCGCCCACAGCACCCCCCUCAGGAAAGAGCAGAACGGAGAGAGGGAGGUCGUCGGAGGAGGCGGCGGUGGUAUCCCACAGGGGAAGGGCGAUUACCAGCCGGGCGAGGAGGACCUCGCCUCUCACCGAUCGUCCACCAGCAAGCUCUCAAGGUCCCCGGGGAAGGCGGCCAAGAGGCCCAAGAACAUGCAGUGCAAGGUCACCCUCCUGGACGGCUCCGACUACACCUGUGUAGUGGAGAAACGGGAGAAGGGGCAGGUACUAUUUGACAAAGUAUGUGAGCAGCUCAACCUUCUAGAAAGAGACUACUUUGGCAUCACAUUCCGUGACAUUGAAAACCAAAAGAACUGGCUGGACCCCUCCAAAGACAUGAAGAAACAGAUUCGAGGAGUCCCCUGGAACUUCUCCUUUAAUGUGAAGUUCUACCCGCCAGACCCCGCCCAGCUCUCAGAGGAUAUCACAAGGUACUAUCUGUGUUUACAGCUGAGAGAUGACGUGGUGUCUGGACGCUUGCCGUGCUCGUUUGCCACACACACUGUCCUCGGCUCCUACAGUGUCCAAUCAGAGCUCGGUGACUUCGACCCAGACGAGUACGGCAGCGAGUACGUCAGCGAGUUCCGCUUUGCACCAAACCAAACCAAGGAGAUGGAGGAAAAAGUCAUGGAUCUCCACAAGAACUAUAAAGGAAUGACGCCAGCUGAGGCUGAAAUGCACUUCCUGGAGAAUGUGAAAAAGCUCUCGAUGUACGGAGUGGACCUUCAUCAUGCCAAGUUGGUAGGAAGCCGCUUUGAUUGCUUGUCGCCGGCUAAGGGGGAGGAUUCGGAGGGGGUGGAGAUCAUGUUGGGCGUGUGCUCAUCCGGUCUCCUCAUCUACCGCGACAGACUGCGCAUCAACCGUUUCGCCUGGCCCAAGAUCCUCAAGAUCUCCUACAAGAGGAACAACUUCUACAUCAAGAUCAGGCCUGGGGAGUUUGAGCAGUUUGAAAGUACAAUCGGCUUUAAGCUACCAAACCAUCGCGCAGCCAAGAGACUGUGGAAGGUGUGUGUGGAACAUCACACAUUUUUCAGGCUGGUAUCGCCAGAAACACCGCCAAAGAAGUUCCUGACGUUGGGUUCUAAGUUCCGCUACAGUGGUAGAACCCAAGCCCAGACCAGGAGAGCCAGCUCCCAGAUAGUCCGCCCUGCGCCCUUCUUUGAGCGCUCCACCAGCAAGCGCUACAGAAUGUCUCGCAGCCUGGACGGAGCUCCUCAGAGUACACCCAAACACACAGCGCCUGUAGUCCCGGGACUUAAGCCACCUGCCACUAUAAACGGCACUAAACCAACAGAGAUGGGCACGGCUUUGUACGGGACUGCAAAGGGCUUCGCUGUGAGUGACCUCAUCACCACGGUGACGCCAGAGAAGAAGGCCGAGGAGAGGCGCGCGGAGGAGGCGGCCGCAGCAGCAGCAGCAGCCUCCAUCCCUUCCCCACUCACUCCCAUCGCCGUCCCAAUCCACGCCAGCGUUGGAGUGGUGGAGGUCCUGGAGGAAGAGGACGAGUCGACAAGGGCCACGGAGCUCUCUCUGCCCAGCCCGCCAACACCCGUGCGCCAGGACACUAAGACUGACUUUACAGACACUGCUGUCGACGGUGAUCUGACAGCCACAGAGUCAGACCAGGACGAUGAAUCAGAGCUAAGGACACAGCCCAGUUUCAUAAGGAGAAUAAAAGGAGAGAAUGUUUUUAUCAGGCAUAGUAAACUGAUGCUUGAGGACGCAGACGACACUCCAGAGACACUGGUCAAACACCAGACCAAUAUCAGCGAGCUGAAGAGGACCUUCCUGGAGCAGGGCGCUGACAAGUCCGGCCUGACCGAGUGGGAGAAGCGCCUCUCCUCCUCCCCUCUCCGCUCGCCGCGACUGGACGAGGCGCCCAUGAUUGAGCCCCUCCUCCCUGACGAAACCAAAGAGGACCGGAAGGACGAGGACAUAAAAGAGGUGACCGAGGGGGCUCCCGAAACAAAGGACACUCUCCCGGAGACCAACACCGCUGUGGAUUCUGAAGGGUGGGUAAUAGUAAGCAAAGUCCCUCCUCAGGUAGCAGAAAAGAAAGGCCUUGCCAGCUACAAAAUAGUUUCGGUGACUAAUGCGGUGGAGGACGGGGCCAGUGCCAGCUCCGAGGUCAAACCCCUCGAGGUCCUCCAAGACGAGGCAGUGGCCAAGACUGAAGAAGUACGAGAGAAGACCUACACAUUGGGCAAGUCCUACGACACCACGUCAGGGAAGAUUGUGACCAUGACGAGCCGGGCCAAAGACGGGGACCUGCCAUCGCCCUCCGCUUCCCCGCUGAGCAGCAUCCCUGACCAGACGGCCACCGCUGUGAAGAUCAUCCCAGUGGACACGGAAGACGAGCUGUCCGACCCGGUGCCGAUCAAGCCGACCAAGGGUCCGCCACCACUGAUCUCCGUCAAACCAGCAUGGAAGCCUCCGCCGGCCGACGCGAGUGCGGUGAGGGAGGGAGCAGAGGCCGUCCACUCUGGCGAGGAGACCGCUGACGCAGAGAAGUUGGAUCAAAAGCUGCUGGCGGCGGACGCUGCCCUGGGAGACAGGACGAUGAGAUCGCCGCUCCGGUCGCCACUCAAGUCUCCGGCCAUUCCGCAAACGCCGGAGCUGCCGCGCCUGAGUCCUGGCCACGUGUCCUAUUUAGCCAAAACGCCCCCCACCGCCAGAGUGCCUAAGCCCACCUUUGAGGAGAUGUCUCCGGAGCUCACGGCUCUCUUGCAGUCGGCCCGAGAGCAGAUCACCACCCGCGGAUGGUCUUCCACCUCUCCCCAUAGUCAGGCCUUCACCAAGCCCACGGGCAGUCCAGAGAAAGUGGCGGCGAUGCAGGAGGGUCAGUCCGAGGAUGGCGGCGGCGGCAGCGGCAUUCUAGAUCAGCGGUCAGACGUGGAGCAGUCCGCCACACAGCUCUCCUCAGUGCUCCAGACAGAGGUCAUGACCUUCAGUAGCUCCAUGGCCGAAGAAUCAGAAAAACUGGUCACCCAGGAAGUCCCAGUAAUACACACGGAAAUGAAAACCAUCACAUACGAGUCACUACAGGGUGACACGGACAGCGAGGCCGAACCCGGAGUGCUCCUGAGCGCCCAGACCAUCACGUCGGAAACGACCAGCACCACCACCACCACGCAUAUCACCAAGACUGUGAAGGGCGGCAUCUCGGAAACGAGGAUUGAGAAGAGAAUCGUCAUCUCAGGAGAUGCAGACAUCGAUCAUGAUGAGGCCCUGGCUCAAGCUAUCAAAGAGGCCAAAGAGCAGCAUCCCGACAUGUCAGUGACCAAAGUCGUGGUCCAUAAAGAGACUGAGAUCACGCCAGAGGAGGGCGAAGAGUGACCCGCAGGAUUAACACAUGCUCACGGAUUUUGUGUUUCACACUGUACGGAGGAAAGAGGCGCUUGGGGAAACGCUGAUCACGCUAACAGCAUCAUAAAAGAAUGGAUACUACUUCAUCUAAGCACUUCUGGAGUAGCAUCAAACUCUCCCACUGUCACCAACCCAGGCUUACAAAUCCACACAGCACUCCAGUUCGCUCUUGGAUCAUGUAAUCUGCAUGAAAAGGGAACAAUUCAGCAUUUUUUGUAAAGACGAAGAAAUAGUGAAAGAAAUAGUGAAAAAAGAAACAUUUUAGCAAAAAAUGAAACUGUGUACAUUUUACUCAACCUGCGCACUCAGUCGAAAGGGACAAGAAUGUAAGUUAGAGAUGUUUUGAAAAUAUUACUGAUAUAAAUAACUACAUUUUAUUUAUUAAAGUAAAGCUCACUCCACAAAUGAUACAAAUAGGCUGUACCUAUAUGAGCGCACAAUAUUUAACCAUGCAAUAGAUGUGCCAUUCAUAUUGCCAAGCUCUCACCCACAUGUACAACUCUUCAGUUUUAUGUGUUUUUUUCUCAUGCUGAAUGUUACAGAGAGAUAAAGGGGUAAAAUGCAUAGCUUUUGUAGGUCAUUAAACUAUUAGAACAUGUUAUUUUGUUUUUACUUGAAUUCUUUUUCCGUUUGUUUCUUUGUUAUGUUUCCCCUUAAAUACUGAGGAGUAAAUGGAAGGGAGCCAGCGCCUUUUGGCUUUUAUUUUCUGCCAGCGAGUGCGUUUGAAAGCUGCUGCUGCUGCUGCUGCUGAACUGAACCGCUGUAGAGAGAGUGUAUUUACUGGAAGAUGGUCUACUCUGUGCCCCUGCUGCUCUGAAAAUCCAUCCUAGAAUUGUCCCAGCCUGUGACGACGGCACAUCAAGCCUUAAACUGUACAGAGUGGAUUGAAACCCCUUCUGCCCAAGAUAGCUCAAACCAUGUGUGUGUGUAAGUGUGUGUGUGUAUGUGUGUCUUUGUUUGUUUCUUUUUUUUUUCAACAGCUCCAUGUGUUGGUCAUUCGGAAACCUUCUAUAUGUCAGCUGAAAAACCAUCCAUGUUGAAUGAGUUUCCUUCAAAAGCUCAAAUAAAACAGUGAAAUGAACUUAA